ACCCAAUACUCGCUCCUUAGACUCACAAUGUCAGUUACAUCAACCGCAACCACCACCGCGGCCUCCGCAACCUCAACCUGCCACCAAAAACUCUACGAGAUCCCCGUCAAAGAUGCCGCCUGCGCAAUGCCGAUACAGGGAAACAACUCUGCAAUCAUGAGCAGCUGUUGCUCCUCCGCCUCCGUCGUCUCCUACAACGACUGCGACUACUACUGCCUGGCCCAGGGUCAGAACGUCGGCGAUCUGGCGGAAUGUCUCAUCAAAGCAUCCGAGCCCGGAGAGGUGUGGUGCAACACCAACGCCAACGCGACGGCCACCGGUAGCGUUCCUACGACUGGGGCGGGCACUAUCGUCGCUACUGCCUCUGUUACUGACUCGACUGCGACUGGGACUAAGAGUUCGACUGGUGCGACUUCGACUUCUACUACCAAUGCUGCUGGGGCGAAGAAGUCGAUCGGAGUGCUUGCACUCUUGCUGUUCGGAUCUACUGCUGGGCUGUUGGUUUAGACAUACCUCUGGAGAGAUUUUGAGAGGUUAUGGGCCUUGAAUAUGGGUAGAGAGUCAGUUUGACUUUGCCUGUCACUCUUUGAUUCGGCGAAAGCCUUUGUGCUUUUUGGUUCUCUUAUCUUGUUUGUGUCCUGUGCUUAUUGUGGUUUCAUUGUAAGAUUACUCAACAGGACAGUGUUUAUCUUAAAUUCUGCCAGACCAGUAUAUAAUUGCUG